AAUGCAACUCUGGAUUCUUCGCUUUUGAUCAAAGAUUUUGAAAUCCCAUCUGAUUCUACCAGAUCAUAUUUGCUUACUGGCCUAGAAAAUUAUACAUGUUACUGGAUUCGUAUUGCUUCUGCUACCAAAGUCGGAUUCGGAGAAUUCUCCGAAAAAUUUGAUGUCUAUACCGACCUUGCUCCCCCCAGUCCUCCUCAUUUAACCAGCGUGAGUCUUUCUGACAAAAAUGAAUGUUUGCUUGUAAAUUGGUCUCAUCCAGUUAUUGGCCUUCCCCAGCUAUCUUUAUCCAGCCAUCCAAACAGCUGGACUCCCACCACACCAAUCGACUCCAAUGGGGCGACUCAAGUUCUACAGGCUGUCAAUUUACCUUCUGACACAGAAUCCUUAAGUGAUGACGGGACUGGCUCUGUUCUUCAUACACAGACGACCUAUCUCGUCUGUUGGCGGCCACUUUUAUCCAGCAGACUUGGAAUUUAUUAUAAACCGUAUCAUUCAGGUGAACUUACGAUUUCAGGCCUAAUAGUUGGCGGAUUGUUGCAUCCAGAAGAGCCCAUUGAAUACACUAGAACUGCAGGGCCUCAAAUUCUACCUCAAAAUAACUGUGUGACAAGUUUGAGCAAUGCGUCUCCACACCACUCGGUGAGCUCCAUAUGA